UUGUAGUCUUCUUCAGUGCGUACGUAUUGGCUUCGGGUUUUGAAUUUCUGCUUUAUAAUUUCCAAUAUUCCUUAAGGAUCCGAAUGACAGACGUUUAUUCUUUGGUGAACCCUUUUUUAUGGGAUGCAGCCUGUCCCUUCUGCAUUAGCUCCCGUAUUUGUUUUCCCAAAUACGAUAAAUUUUUAUAUGGGAGACCAAAAAUCUCAUAAGCAAGUACUAACAAUUUACAACGUUUAUGAAACAGCUGUACGGUUCAGAGUUCUAAGCACCGCACCUGAUAAGUAUAAUGUCGUGGACUCGGAGGGUUCCAUAAAACCCCAUUGUUCAUUGGACAUUGUCGUGCGCCAUAAGGAGGUCAGACCUGCUAAUUGCAAUGUGUCUGACAAAUUCCGAGUGGAAAUAUUAGAAUACUCCACUAAAAAGGUGCUAGGAAGAAAAGACAUCCCAGCUACACUAAAUUCAGGGCUUCCUGAUUCAUUAGAAACUUUAGAUGAAACCAGGAGCUCUGAAAGAUCCAGCUUAGAGUCGCGGCAGUCGUUCAGGGAGAGCUCUGCUAGAGAACUCACAGUUAGAGGAAGGAGCGGCCCUAACACGUUUAUUGUCAUCAUUGGACUUAUAUGCAUCACUGGCCUGUUGAUGCCAAAUGAAGAUGAAGCCGGCGGGUUUUCGAUUCAGCUGUCUUGCCACAUGAAGCUGGUUUUGGCAUAUGUACUCGGUUUGGUGACAAUGGUUAUAUUACAGUCCUAAUGAUUUUACUUCAUUUGCCUCUAUGAGGUUAACUUAAUUUUUUUAUCGAUUUUUAACAUCCUAUCUCUUAUUUUUAGUUUGUUGGGUGAUUUUUUAUAUAUAUUUAUUCGUGUGAAUGUAUUAUAGUCAAAAAAACGAAAGACUUAAUUUUUAAUUAUAAGUUAAAUUUGUGGCUGUAAGGUGCUAUAAAAAAGCCAUUUUAUCUUUGUUAAUUUUUUUUUAAUUUUAUCAAUCAAAAUAUAUUGUUUUUAAAGAUUUUAUAUGUCUUCCAGAGUGACAAGAAGUUUAAUAUGUAUGACUUUUUAUUUAAUUUUAAGACAGUUUAAAAUUAUAUUUGAUUAUAAUUAUGGAAUUCUUAAACUUUCCUUUUGUUUCUAUAAGUUGCAAUGUGUAAUCAAAACAUUAAGUCUACUAGGGUGAGCAUUUAAAGCUGCAUUUUCGCAAACCGCAAAACAAAAAAAAAAUUAAAACAAGCGAUUUGAAAACUAUUUUCUAUAUGCAAAAUUUAACUUUAAUAAUAUCCACAGAUUUUAUUAUUUAGCUUCUGAGCUAUGCAAUACUAUUACACCUAUCCAAAAUGGAAGGGACACUGCUCAAAAAAUGUGGUUUAAUUGAAACCGAUAUUAGCCACAUCAUUUGACCACGAUAAAUGAAAAACAGGGUACUUGUUUGUUAUACAUUGUACAAAAAAAAAUAUAUACAGUGCAAUCUCUGUGAUUCGAAUAUAUUGCUGCAGAGAGAUUUUUGAAUUACGGAGAGUUUUCAGGGAAAAUAUUAUAAAUGAGAAUAAAUAAAAAAUUAUAUUGAAUACUAAAUGAUUGACCAUAGGAUAAUAUCGAGGAAAGAGAUGGUCCGGGAAUGGUGGUGACAAAAAAACGUAAUAUAGUGUAAAAACUAAUUUAGGGUCUUUUGCUCAUUAGCCUCACCAGUUACUUUUUAAAUAUGAAAAAGUAACUAUUAUAGAAAAGGAUCAGUUACAUUUGAAUCAAUAUUGUUAUUUUUCUAUUAUAUAAACAUCUGUUAACAGAUGAUAUUUUAUAUAAUUAAAGAAAACACAUAUCCUGAUAAAACUUAAAGCCUUACUUCUCUUUGUUAUUCAAAAUAGAGUAUAUCCUAAACAUUUGAAAGUUAACCUAUAUCAAAAAUACACGUAGUAUACUUACAAUAAACCGUCAGUAUAUAUAAAUAAUAUUUGUGAAUAUGAAAACAAUAUUGUGAUUUGUUUUGUUGAAUCUCAAUAUCCACAGAAAAUAUAAAUUAUAAACAGUCGAGAAAAUAUUAUAACCUAAACACAUGAUUCCUGUUAAAUCUUAAAAACAUGUGAUCUCUUCAUUAUUCAAACUGUAGUAUAACCUAAAGUAUUUCACUUUGCUAACUAAAUGAAUCUCUGUUAACAGAUAAAUCUGUUGUUAUUAUAGAAGAAUAACAACAUUGAUUGAAACGUAACUGAUACUUUUCUAUAACAGUUACUUUUUCCUAUUUAAAAAGUAACUGGGGGGGUUAAUGUGCAAAAGACUAAAGAGACUCAUGAAUUGUUUCAUAAGAUACAUUUUCAGGAUCCCCAGGCGUUCACAUUUUUCGCUCUGGUACACCGAGUUGAAGUGGCUUUAUCCUACCUCCCGACGACAAUUCCUCCUUGUUGUUUUCCUUUUCCAAGUCUUCAGAACCAAAAACCCUCCCCACAUCCUGGAACUCCUUACUUUACGCUCCUCUAUCCACUCUCUCAAUACUAGGUCUCAACCUAUAGACUUAUAUAUUCCCUCCCAUAAAACUUCCUCCUUCAGCAAAUCCUUCGUCAUUCGUGCUGCUUCCUUAUGGAACUCACUUCCUACCUCCAUGCGUCAAUUCUUGUCCACAAAUUCCUUCAAACAACUCCUGUUCCAACACCUACUCCACAUUCAAACUUCCCCUAACAUGUAAAAUUACUUGCAUCUGUACAAUGUUUAAUUUCAAUCUAUUGUACAAUUGAAAUAGCAAUUAACAGUAAAGUAGUUUGUAUUUUUAUUAUGUCAGACUAAGAUCCAUAAAUUUGUAACUCUGUUAUUAUUCUUAGGGGACAGUAGUCCCAGAAUAAAAUAAGUUUUUCAUUUCAUUUCAAAGACCGCUAUUUUAUUUUAAGACGUUUGACCCAACUAUCCAGGUCUUUACAGACGCUUAUUUGUUGUGAAUACCGUAUUAUCUAAUUGAAGCGUCGUUAAUGUAAAUUUAUAGCUAAAAUAAUAAUUUUAAAUUAUUUUUGGCCCAAAAUCUUUGUUAAGGUUAGGUUAGCAUAUUUGUGAUUCUAUUGUUUGUCAUUUCAACCGUUGUGUUGAACCCUUUUUUUUUCCCUUUCCUGCUACUUAACA